CCGGAUAUACAGACAAACAAAAUGGCAAAACGGAAGCGAAAUAAUGCUCAGGCAAAUGCUGCCUCAAAAAAGCAGGCGGCUGGCACUGGCAUCCGGACACCGCCCUACGAGACAUCUGCGGAGCCUACCAGUGCAUCAGCCGUAGUGCCUCCAGAAGACCUCGAGAUCACAGUAGAGACGCUGCAAGCAUUGACCGAACAUCCCAGUGUAAUCAAGUCAAAAACAUGUAAAGACCUCCGCACAGCCGUGUUCAACUUCCGGCAGGCUUGUACAACUGGACAAAAUGCUGUUGAGGGCAACAGCUUGACAGCUCGAAUAUCUGCCGCUUUAUCUGACGCCAAGUAUACCGAUGCCAUGGUCUUGCUCGCAGAGAUGCGAAUCCGCAAGGAGACUCCCUCACUUGGCGCUCUCUGUCGCUGGGUACGCGUGCUAGAUGUCAUUAGUGGCCUGGCAAUACAUGUUGAGCCCUCCACGAAAACUGUCGCCGGAUUUUCUCCCAGAGACCAAGAACUGCGGCAAGUGCUGGACGCUGUACUUCGCGUAACCGGCCCAACAGAUCCUACAGCUUUGGGUGCUGCCACUGAGCCGGGCACGAUCGCUCUACAAGCAACCUGGGACCUACGACAGGCGCAAAAGCCUACGAGAUCAACACGUGCGAGCGUAGAGGACAAGAGCAUCUUCAAGUCGUGUCCGCCGAACCUCAAAGACAAUUUCCGGAUCAUAGAAACCACUCCUGGACCACAACGCAAGCCUCCGAAUUUACAUCCCGCUGUUCUCUUCGCAUCACAAAAUGACACAGUGCCGCUCCGGAACGGCCCAAAGACAACAGUACACAAGCACCCAGUCGUGCCAAAUUUGCGUCUGAUCAAGGACGUGUUGUCGCCCGAAGAGUGCUCCUCCAUCAUCGCCGCGGGUGAAACAAUGGAAUUCAUCCCUGACGCACCUAUCCGGCAAGAUGAAGACACGAGUAUAUUGGCACACAACUUUUACUGGAUUGUGGACCAGGCUUUUCACGACAAGUUGUGGGAGAGGGUCAGACCAUUCGUGCCAGAAUCAGUGACAGGGAGGCAAGUUCGAGGGAUUAACAGAAGGUUCCGUGUAUAUCGAUAUGUUCCUGGCGCCGAGUAUCGUUGUCACAUUGACGGAGCAUGGCCGCCAUCCGGCAUCGAUCCAGUCACAGAUGCUUACCGAUACGACGCUUCACCUGCAGAUGCACGGCAGUCAUCUCUGUAUACCUUUUUGAUCUACCUCAACGACGACUUCAAAGGAGGCGAGACUACAUUUUUCAUACCCAGCGUGCAAGAGGGUGUGAUGAAUGCGUACCCUGUGAAACCAAUCAUGGGCAGCGUGGCAGUCUUUCCGCACGGAGAGGCUCAGGGCGCACUGCUUCACGAAGGCACGGGCGUAGUGGAGGGCGCCAAAUACGUUAUUCGAACUGAUGUGGAAUACGAUGUUGCAGUCUCGGCACAAUCGCAAGAACCGGCUGCGGCUGGGGUCAGCAGGAGUGUCAUUGAAGAAUGAUGGAGGACCGACACACGAGGCACAUAGCUCUCGAGGCAAAAGCUAGUGGUAACAAUAAAUUCGACCCUACGCAGAGCUGCCUGAUGAAUAAUGAAAUGAGUACGA